AUGCCUGGAACCGGCAUGGGGAAUGAGGAGGCGCUAUUGAUUGAUUUGCGCGGCUUGAAGGAACGCUCUAAUCGCAGUGCGACGUCAGUCGCCGACUUUCGUCGCCAGCACAUGGUGCGAUUCCUGCGCGACGCCACCGAUCUGGCGCAGCAGCCCGCGCAGCCGCCGGAAGGGGGCGUUGCGCAGGGGGAGUGCAGCAGCGCGCAAGAGCGAGCGCAGGGCGCGCAAGAAAAGGCGCAAGGCGCGGAACAAGAUCGAGGAAGAACGGGAGACCAGGGCGCGGGAGGGUGGGGCACUGGCUUUGCUAGCAAUAUACCCGGAGCGAGUGGUCAUGCUGAGGCGGAAGCGGGGGGGAGGAGUCGGGAAGUAGCGGCUGGCGGAAGCGACAGUCGUGGGGCGACUAGCGGAGGGGGUCAGCGCGGAGCGGAGGCUUGGGCGGCGCAAGCAGGUAAUGAGGGGAAUGCCGGCCACAGGGGGGCGGAUGCUGUGGGCGUGGGGGGCGGAAUGGCAUGGGGGGAAGGGCUGGGCGCGGGCGCAUCCGGCAGGAGCGGCGGGUUGAGGGGAAUAGGGGCGCGUGAGGAGGGGGCGCAGGGGAGGGACGGUUUGAACGCGCAGGAGAAUAGUCAGGGCUUGGUGUCUCCUAGGGGCGGGAGGGAGCACCCGGAUCACAGACAGGCGGUGGCAGGGUAUUCAAACGAGCAUGGCGGUAUGAUGCCACGUGUCUCGGGUUACUCCCAACCGCAGCAGCAGCAGCAGGUGCAGGCGCAGCAGCAGCAGCAGCAGCAGGUGAUGGGAGUGAAGGGUGAGUCUCAGCGUCAACACGUUGGGCAAUCCCUAUCAUUCGAUGCUCAGGAGCGGCUUUACUAUCAGCAGCAGCAACAACAGCAGCAAUACCAGCAACAGCAACAGCAGUACCAGUCGCCGCAGCAGCAGCAGCAGCAGCAAGCACAGCCCAAGUCCGCUCACUUCCCCUCCUCCGCCACACCCACGUUCCCCCACCGCACCACUCUCGACCCGCACCCCCACCGCUCCUCCCAACCCUUCUCUCUCACCUUUCUCACGUCUCUUUUCCGCCGGGACCCCCUCCGCACGCGCUCCUCCCGCCGCUCCCGCCACGCGGCCAGCCACGGGGAGGGGGGACCCCCUUCGGAAGCAGAGCAGAUUCCCGUUCCGCCCCUGGAUAAAAUCCUGAACGUCCCCCGAAGCGUCGCAUCUGACACAGCCGCUCGUGCUGCGGGAAUCGGCUCCUCCUCUACCCCGCAAACCCCUUCUUUCCCCGGAGACAACCCCCCGUUAGGGGCAACGUUUCCCUUCAACCGCGCUUACCACUCCUCCGCCCUCCCCUCACCCGCGCAGCCCUCCCCCUCUAGCGCUGAUCCCCACUCGCUCUGGUUCUCCUCCCCUUAUGAGAGCGUGGGGGCGCGGAUUGCAGAGACUGAGGCAGCGGAGACGUUGGGGAGAGGGUUGGUGGGCGGAAGCGGAAGAUUGUGGGGAGGGGGGAUGCCUGGGGGAGGCGAGGGGAGGGAGAGUGCUAAGGCGGAGACGGUGGGGUGUGUGCGCCCUAUGAUGCCCCGGUGGGUUACCCCCCCACGGCGCCUCUGGGCAGGGCGAGGGGGAGGGGAAGUGGCAGGGACUGGCGGAGGUGGUGGGGUUGGUGGUGGUGGCGGAGGGAGAGGGGCGCAGGGGGAGCAGGAGCGGGGGAGGGUGAACCAUGCAGGGAACGGGCAAUUCCAGGAGGUGAGGGCUGGGGUUGGUGGGAUAGGUGUGAGGCUGAUCUGA